AGCGAGUUCCAGGCUAGCCCAGAGCUGGCAUAAUGAGAAACCCCAUCUUGACCACCUUCCAGAAGAAAGCAGAUGUACAAGGAACCUGGAUGGAGGAGAAAUAUAAGGCCAGAUCCAGUAAAACUUCAGUCACCAGGAGUGUUCUGGACAAGUUGGAAGAGUCUGCUGAAAUCCAAACUAGUUUUACAAUGAACUUUAGAGUGUUACUGAUUUACUAUAAGCUGAACAGUUGGCUGCACCUGGAAUCCUGACAGCUUCCACAAAGAUCUCUUUGCCAUGUCCAACUACGUUUGGUUUGAAGGAAUACCUCUUCCUAAUUUAAAUAUUAAAAAAAGAAGACUUGAAGAAAUUUGUCAUAAGUUUGUGAUCGGAGAUGAAGACAUAAUCAUAGAGACUUAUCCUAAAUCAGGAACUCACUGGCUGAUUGAGAUUGUCUGUUUGAUUCAGACCAAGGGGAAUCCAGAAUGGGUCCAAUCUGUGCCCAUCUGGGAGCGCUCACCCUGGAUAGAAUCUGAAAAAGGAUAUCAAGCAUUAAUCAAUAAGGAAGGACCUCAUGUGAUCAGCUCCCACCUUCCCUUCCAUAUUUUCCCCAAGUCAUUCUUCAAUUCGAAAGCCAAGAUGAUAUAUGCCAUCAGAAAUCCCAGAGAUAUUCUUGUGUCUGGUUAUUUUUACUGGAGUAAGACAAAAUUUUCCAAGAAUCCAGAUUCACUGGCAACUUAUUUUGAAUGGUUCCUCAACGGAUAUGUGGCAUAUGGAUCAUGGUUUGAGCACACUUGUGGCUGGCUGUCCAUGAAAGAAAGGGAAAACUUCCUGCUGCUGAGCUAUGAAGACAUGAGAAAGGAUACAAGGAGAACCAUAGAGAAGAUCUGUGACUUCCUGGGAAAGAAGUUAGAGCCAGAUGAACUUGAAAUGGUCCUAAAGUACAGCUCCUUCCAAGCCAUGAAAGAAAAUAAAAUGUCCAAUUAUAGUCUCGUGACAGAAAAUUUUUUCCUCAUGAUUUUGUCUUCAUGA